CGAAAAUCGCGUCUUCAAGCCCUGUGACGCGUUACUACUGAGAGAACAAAUACCACGCCUGCCCCUCUAGCCUCCUGCCGACUUUGCGUUCAUCAUCCUCUUGCAAGGGCUGCUUCAAGUUACAAUCCCUGCUCCGUUCCUCUUAUGCCUCUUUGUAUCUGGGCUUCAUAAUCAUUGCAUCAUUGCCACAGCUCCAGAAUAGAAUUUAAGGGCCAUUUCUUCCUCCUGUUCAUCAACUCCUUUCUUGUCCCCUGUGGAGGUAUCGAUCAUAGUUGAGCCCCCUCAACAUGUAUGUCUUUAAGAGAGAUGGACGCAAGGAACGCGUACAGUUCGACAAGAUCACAGCUCGUGUAUCGAGAUUGUGUUACGGACUCGAUCCUGACCAUGUGGAUGCCGCCGCCAUCACCCAAAAGGUUAUUUCUGGUGUGUAUCAGGGUGUAACCACCGUGGAGCUAGACAACCUGGCAGCCGAAACUGCUGCAUACAUGACCGUCACACAUCCCGAUUACGCCGUUCUUGCCGCUCGUAUUGCCGUUUCCAACCUCCAUAAGCAGACCAAAAAGCAGUUCUCCGCUGUGAUUGAGGACCUCUACCACUAUAUCAACCCGAAGAACAACAAGCCAGCUCCUAUGAUUUCAAAAGAUACAUACGAGAUUGUGAUGAAACAUGCAGAAGAGUUCAACUCCGCCAUCGUUUACGAUCGUGAUUUCAACUACCAAUACUUUGGUUUCAAGACUCUCGAACGCUCCUAUCUGCUUCGAAUCAAUGGCAAAGUUGCCGAGCGUCCUCAACACCUGAUCAUGCGUGUGGCUGUUGGUAUUCACGGUGAUAAUAUCGAGAAAGUGCUUGAGACCUACAAUCUCAUGUCUCAGAAAUACUUUACCCAUGCGUCCCCCACCUUGUUCAGCGCUGGUACACCUCAACCUCAGCUCGCAUCUUGUUUCCUUGUAGAUAUGAAGGAAGAUAGCAUUGAUGGUAUAUAUGACACCCUUAAGACCUGCGCUAUGAUCUCCAAGAAUGCUGGCGGUAUUGGCCUCAAUGUUCACCGUAUUCGCGCUACUGGCUCUUACAUUGGUGGCACUAAUGGCACUUCCAAUGGUCUUGUUCCUAUGCUCCGUGUGUUCAACAACACCGCCCGCUAUGUUGACCAAGGAGGAAACAAGCGCCCCGGUGCCUUUGCUAUAUAUCUUGAGCCCUGGCACUCAGAUGUCUUCGAAUUCUUGGACCUCCGUAAGAACCAUGGCAAGGAAGAAGUUCGCGCUCGUGAUCUCUUCUAUGCUCUGUGGACUCCAGAUCUCUUCAUGCGUCGUGUUGAGGCAAACCAAGAGUGGACCCUAUUCUGCCCUAAUGAAGCUCCUGGAUUGGCAGACGUGUAUGGUGAGGAAUUCGAUGCUCUCUAUGAGAAGUAUGAAAAGGAGGGCCGUGGUCGUCGCACUGUCAAAGCUCAAAAGCUUUGGUAUGCUAUCCUUGAAGCUCAGACCGAGACUGGAAACCCAUUCAUGCUUUACAAAGAUGCUUGCAACAAGAAGAGCAACCAGAAAAACCUUGGUACUAUUCGCAGCUCCAAUCUUUGUACCGAAAUCAUCGAGUACUGCGCCCCUGAUGAGGUCGCUGUCUGCAACUUGGCUUCACUUGCUCUGCCUACUUAUGUGGAUGCGGCUCGUGGCGAAUAUGACUUUGGUAAACUACAUGAAGUUACCCAGGUUCUUGUUCGCAACUUGAACAAGAUCAUUGAUAUCAAUUACUACCCUGUGCCUGAGGCCCGAAAGAGCAAUAUGCGCCAUCGCCCUAUUGCUGUCGGUGUCAAUGGUUUAGCUGACGCUUUCCUUGCCCUGCGUCUUCCUUUUGACUCAGCAGAGGCUAAGCAGCUCAACAUCCAGAUUUUUGAAACAAUCUACCACGGUGCUUUGACUGCCUCCAUUCAGCUUGCUAAGGAGCAUGGUACAUAUGAGACCUACAAAGGAUCUCCCGUCUCUCAAGGUAUUCUUCAGUACGACAUGUGGGAUCGCACUCCAACCGACCUGUGGGACUGGGAUUCCCUGAAGGCUGAAAUUGCCCAACACGGUGUCCGCAACAGUCUUCUUGUAGCUCCUAUGCCUACCGCCAGCACAAGUCAGAUUCUAGGUUUCAACGAGUGUUUCGAGCCUUACACAUCUAAUAUCUAUUCUCGUCGUGUUUUGGCUGGCGAGUUCCAAGUCGUCAACCCCUGGCUCUUGAAGGAUCUUGUUGAUCUUGGUCUGUGGUCUGAUAACAUGAAGAACCGUAUCAUCGCGGAUGGUGGUUCAAUUCAGAACAUUCCUAACAUCCCUACGGAUAUCAAGGCUCUCUAUAAGACUGUGUGGGAGAUCUCGCAGCGAAACAUCCUGCAGAUGGCUGCUGAUCGCGGUGCUUACAUCGAUCAGUCGCAAUCUCUCAACAUUCACAUGAAGGAGCCUACUAUGGGCAAGAUUACCAGUAUGCACUUUGCGGGCUGGAAAAUGGGUCUCAAGACCGGCAUGUACUACUUGCGCACAAUGGCAGCCUCUGCGCCUAUUCAAUUCACCGUCGACCAGGAGCAACUCAAGGUUGCUGACACCAACAUUGCUCGUACCAAUCUCUCGCUCAAAAAGCGUGCGCCUGGCGGAGCCGCCUUUAACAGUUCCUACUCAGCUGUUCCCCGUCCUAUGUACGACCAAAAGCAGGCCGCUUUCGUUGCCAACGGAAAUGGUGUGCCGGAUCUUAGCCAGCCUGUUGCUGUUCCUCGCACCAACGGGGUUGCUUCUCAGUCUGAGGAUGACGAGGUUGAGAACUCUCGUCCCGACCAAGACGGCGAUGAGAGCAACGAACAGUCUGAGCAAGAUAUCUAUGCACAGAAGGUGUUGCAGUGCAGCAUCGAAAACAAGGAAGCUUGCGUGAUGUGUAGCGGUUGAGCCGCCUAAUAUUGCUUAAGCUGUUUUACACCGUUUUCCUUGGGGUGGUUAAUUGUACGUUUCCUUUGUACUUAAUGCAUGAAGUUUAUGCCCGAAUAGCCUCUAUGUUUGAUUUGUUGUCAUGCCCUUGCACUGUUGGAUCUACGUGUUGUUUCGAUGUACUUGUAUAUUCCAUUAAGUUCAAUACAGAUUGUCUAGAUUGUA